UUUGUUUUCACCGCCCUGCUGCUGCAAAGCGACGUCAACACCAACUAUAAAAAUGACACGGCUUACUGUUUGUGUUAUAUUUCUGCUUCUCGCCUCAGUAACCCGCAGCGAGUUGUCGGUUAGGCAGCUGAAUACGGAAAACAUCUUAAUCAACGUGACAGCAGGGACACUGGCGGAUACACAGGACUCCAACAACUUGCAGAUCAAUUUAAACAUAUCAGUGGGUGAAGAGCAGGUGAUGGUCAACGACAUCCCAGUUGAGCUGUCAGGGGUGACCAGGUUCAACUGUCAAGCACUUCUCUUGGACAGCACCAAUGGAAGCAGCGAGUUUGAAUCUGGGGACCUGGUAUCCACUGUAACCCGGGUGAUGGUGAGCCAGAACCGACUGUACAGUGACUCAGAGGAGGUGGUGGCCCUGCAGGUGUUCAGUGAAGUCAUAGAGAUGGAGGGUAAAAAGGUCCAGCAGCCUGAUAUGUGUGAAGUGAAAAUACUGAUGAGUCCAGAUUUCCAGAAGCUGGCUCAGUUCACGAACAUCUACCCCAUUGGACACAGUGAGAUCUUCAGGGUCCCCAGAGAAAACGAUGUGGUCGUCACAGAUCAGCCACCAAAUCCUAGAAAAGUGGAGGAACAGAUGAUCACGCAGACCACCAGUCAGUACCCUCUGAAACACACAGAGACCACACAGGAGGAAAUUGCGGCUCCAGGGAAGCUCCCAGAGACCCCCCUGCGUAUGGACCCUGAUCUGCUGUAUGAUGUCAGAUACGAUGAUGAAUUCGAAGAGAGAGACCCGGGCCAGGAGGAUCAGAUCCAGAUGGAGAGUCCACCCAAAGAAUUUCUCUCGUCUUACUCGGCCAUGUGUCAGUGGGUGGAGGAAGUGCGCGAGCGUCUGAGGCGCUUCUGCUCAGAGUCCCUGCCCCUCUUCUUCCUGGUCAUGUGGGUGGUGGUGAUCGGCGUGGUCGGAUCGGCGGUCAUCGUCAAGAUCCUGGACAUGUUCUUCCCCACCUGUGAACACAAGCACAUUUUUCACCUAAACCCUGUCACUCUCAUGCCAGAGGAUGAGAAGCACACUCUCCUGGAGAACAUAGAAAUAGAGGCAGAGGAAGAAGAGAAGAAGCCUUGAAGGAGGAUUGUCUUGGCCGAUUCCCUUUUACUGUCAGUUUGUUCUUAUUCUCCAAUCUUGUUUUAACAUUUUCAACAUCAGUCUGGCCUGGUUUCAUUGCAAGCUUAUGCUUAGAUCUUUUAUCUUCACACCACUUAACUCUUGAAACACAGGAGGUGCUUUUCACUAAAAAAAAAAAAGGCCAGUGUGAGUUCAUCAAAGUAUCUAAGCUCAGUUUGUGGAUUUAACGUAGUCACAUGAUCGAAAUAGAAAAAAAAGAUGGAUUCACAGCGCUGAAUCUUAAGGUCACAUGACCCGAUGUUUGCUGUGCAGGCACCGCCCGAGAGAUGUCAGAUUCUUUGCUCCUGUGAUUAGUCACACAGAGGUAAUAGAAUCACCAUUGCCUGCUCAAAGCAACUAGCUCUGUGUAACCAGUUACUUUUUAAUAGGAAUAAUAUAAAAGAGCACUUUUCCAACUGAUUCUUUCAAAGUAAAGUUCCAAACUGAAAGCAAGAAGCUAGUCUCAUAUAGAUCUUGGGGAUUUAUUUUGAGGUUUUUAAAGUUCAUUCUUGACCUUGAAAACAGCAUUUUUUUAAAAAUAUAGUCUCACCUUUUAAUGACAUCUAGUAGCCGUUCCUCAUGAAAAUCAUGUGACAUCAUAGAAAGCUUCGAACUUUGAAACUCAACUUUUAAAGCCUCAGGAAUUACAACAUCUGUGGUUCCCGCGACAACUGAGCAAAAACUCUGAAUGCCAAUUUAAAGCAUGAAAAAAGCAAGUUCGAUUAAAGUUUCUGUUUUUCUUUUUUCAACCUUGAAUCAGCUGCAUGUUACCAAGCAACACAGGCGCAGGCUUAACAAAGCGGAGACAAGCACAGCGGGUUUAACACGCGAGUAUGAACAAACUGAGCAUUAUAGGGGCUGCAACCAAGUGACUUCCACUACUUUACUGAAAAGACUUUCUAUAUGUAGCAGCUCUGUACAGGUCACGUUUCUUUCUUUUAAAUUGUACCCCACAGCUGAAAAAAAAACCUCUAAGGCAGCACAUGCACUAUAAUAUCCUGAUUCAAUAUGUGUAUUUAAUAUGAGGCUUGUCUGUUGUUCUGAUGAGUACUUAAAGCCAUUAAAUGUGAACAGACUGUCAUAGAAAAGCUCUGGAAAGUGAUUGUGAUGAAUAUAAAUCUUCUGUCUGCACAGUGUAAAUCAUUUUCCUCCUGGACCUGAAAGAAUUCUGCCCAAAUAUUGAGGUUCAUAUGUUGAUUGUCUUUCCUCACAGGUGCCUCACUGAUUACUUGUUUUUUCGGAACUGUCACUUAAAAAAAGGGGGUGGGAUGGGGUGUUUUGCGUGUGGUUUCCUGUUAAUAGUUUUGGAGAAUGUAACUGAAGUUGUUCAGGUUGUCUAUGCACUCUUUAAAAAAAAAACGUAUAAACUUCUGCUAUGAACAGGAAAAGAUGUCAAAUACAGCAUGUGCACAAUACAUGACAGCAGAUUCUAAGUUAUUGUUAAAGCAACUUGGAAUCUGUGAGUGAAAACUGGAUGUGAGCCUGCAUGGAUGUUUUAUUUUGGUAGUACAUUUCAUAAUGAUUUUAUUUUUUUAUUUUUAGGCUUCCUCAAUGUCACUCCUAAUGUUUCCCCGUCGGCCUGUGGAGCUCAGAGCAGCUGAGGGUGCGAUUUUGUCUCACAGGGGUUCAGUUAGGCUGCAGAGUGCAUGAUGUACUGCAUUAUCAAAAAAGUGCAUGUGUAGUCUAGCUAGUGAAUGCAGUUUGCUGUCCGAUCAGCGAGUCAUACAUUAAAACUGAGAAAAGUGCAUGAAGACUCAAUCGAAACAGCUCAACCUGUAUCGGAAUCCAAUAGGAAACUGAUGAACUCAACGGUACAAAGUGCUGUUGAAGCCUGUAAGGCAAAACAAGUAUGUCAGGCAUGAAUUCAGACGUGUCACUGAAAAUAAACAACAAAAUAUGUUCUCAUUUGCAUAUUGUUUAAACGGUGUUGGACCCAUGUGUUAUUAUUUUGAGACGUUUGUGUGCAUACAUUGUAUAAAUGACAGCUGGACUGUGUAUUUGGGUCUGAAAUUCUGCUGAUUAAAUGCUUUCCUUA